AUGGCAUCCUCCUCACAGAACGUCCUGCUGUCACCCGCCGAGCUCGCUUAUCUCCACGACUCCCUCUCCCUGACCCCUCCGAUCCGGCCCGAUGGUAGGACCGCGACGCAGUUCCGACCCUUGACGGCCGAGACGGGCAUCCUGCCCGGCACCAACGGCAGCGCGCGCAUCUGCUUUGCCGACGGCACCGAGGCCAUCGUGGGCGUCAAGGCCGAGGUCGAGAAGACGCGGCUGGCAUACAACCACGAGGAGGAAGAGGCUGCAAAGCUGGCUGCGGCCACGGCGGCCAACGAUGACGAUGACGGGGCGGAGCAGCAGCAACAUGGACAAAGAGCGGGACGGUCAGAAUGGGUCGAGCUUUCGGUCGAGAUCCCCGGGCUGAGAGAUGACGACGCCAACACCAUCUUCCUGUCGGAAAUGCUGAGCGAGGCUCUGCUGGCCGACGGAGAGUUUGCGAAGAAGCUUUGGAUCAACAGCAGAUUUCAUUGGAAGCUGUACUUGGACGUUAUACUCAUAUCUCCACCGCUCUCCUAUCCGCUACCUUUGCUGUCCCUUACUACGCACCUUGCACUGCUGGCCACAAGGCUACCGCGCCUCAAAUCCGAAGGCGACGAGGACCCUCUUUUCGAUGACGAUUGGGACGUCUCGCCGUUCCUGUACUCACGGAAAAAGGCAGCCGAGAGUGCUGCCAGCUCUCGACCGCCGAUCACCCUUCUUGUGACUGCUGUUGGCGACAACAUCAUAUUCGACCCAUCCAAGGAGGAGCUUGCGGUGGCGGACGUAGCCAUCGCUAUCUCAAUCACCGAGGCAGCAGUAAGAGCAGCAAAUCCUCCCGACGAUAUGGAGGUGGACUCGGGGGCGGUGAAGCCUCUCAGCAGUGGAGCCCGAAAUUUGCGCCUGCUUUCCAUCCGCGUCAUCGACCCUCCAUCAAGGUUGACGCCUUCCGGAGCAGCAGACGAUACGGUUAUAGAUGCCGCUGCUACCAACACUAAUACCGCGCCCGGUCUGGCGCCCCAAAAGCAAACAGAGGCCCGGAAUGCAGAUACUGAAGCAGUGGAGGGUGUCUGGAAACCGCCAAGAGGAGGAACAAAGUUGGCCGUCAUGAAUGCUAUUGUACAAAAGGUGCUAGAGAAGGGAGGUGUGGCUGAUGAAGUCUUGGACGCCCUGAAGGCCGUAGAGCUGUCAUGA